GAAGCUAGAACAGCUUAGCUCCCAGGGAGGAAGUAGCCUGUGAAUGCACAGUGAGCCAGGUGGGACAGUGCCUAGCCUGAGGCCAGACAUUGAGUGUUUGCUCAGUGCCUGGGAAACAUGGCUGCCACCACAAAUCAAAGAACUGCCUUGUUCCCAGACCCCAGUACAGGAAAUUCCAGGGUGGCUUUCCAAUACUGGCUUCUCAGGCUCAGUCUCUGGAGGGUCCAGGUACCUAAAAUGACUUGAAGGUGGAAUCAGAUAGUCCCCAUUGCAUAUCUGGGUCUCUGGUUACCCAGGGGGUGGCUGCUACUUGGAGUCACCUGGAUUGCUUUGGGCUCAAGUGGGCAUUUUCUUUGGCCCAUAGCCCUUACCCUCUCUCUGAAAUGGUACCGGCUGGAGAACAACCUUGGGGAGUGGGUGGGGGUAAAAUUUGGUUCGGGGCGGAGACAGGAUCAAGAACACUGGUUUCUUUGAUAUUCAGCCCAGAGGGAGGGCAGGAGGAGCCUGGAGGCUCCUCACUUGGUCAUUUGAAGUCCAUGAUGGUGUGCUCCCCAGUGCUCCUUGGUAUCGUCAUCUUGUCUGUUUUUUCAGGGCUCAGCAGGGCUGAUCGAGCCAUGCCCAAACUGGCUGACCGGAAGCUGUGUGCAGAUGAGGAGUGUAGCCAUCCUAUCUCCAUGGCUGUGGCCCUUCAGGACUACGUGGCCCCUGAUUGCCGCUUCUUGACUAUAUACAGGGGCCAAGUGGUGUAUGUCUUCUCCAAGUUGAAAGGCCGUGGGCGGCUUUUCUGGGGAGGCAGUGUGCAGGGAGAUUACUAUGGAGACCUGGCAGCCCGCCUGGGCUAUUUCCCCAGUAGCAUUGUCCGGGAGGACCUGACUCUGAAACCUGGCAAAGUCGAUAUGAAGACAGAUAAAUGGGAUUUCUACUGUCAAUGAGCUCAACCCACCGAUGUUAUCCCUGCAGUUACCCUUCCGGUUUUGUGCAAAUACAGCAGCCAACUGCAAAGUGUUUUGUCUCUUUGGUUUUUGGGGUGGGCAUGUACAAAGAAUGUUUCACGGGUUCCUGAACCUAGCCAAUUAAAGCCCUGAAUGUUGUAACGUCA